AUGCGCUCCACGCACGGACCCCGUGGCUCCGCGGGGCAUGCCGUCGCGGGCUCCCGCGGAAGCGCCGGCUGGGCCUUGCCGGGCACCUGGCCCCAGCGGCAGCGACUGGGGCGUCCGUGUCACCCUCGCGUCCGCGCGCCCGUGCCUUCCCUUACGGCGACGGGACCUCUCCCACCCAGAUCGACGGGGCUGAGGCAAGAAGACGGGGAUGGUUCAGAUGCACAGACAUCGGUCACCCUCGACAUUGUUGGCAGCGGCAGUGGCAGCGCCACAGCAACAGCAAGCACUGAGGUCCUGACGGAAGUUGAGAACGCUAUUGCCACAGCAUUUGCUGAUGCUGUUGCUGAAGUUAAGGCAGGUGGCAGCGCCAGCGCGGUUGCCGACGCUACGGCGAUUGCCAUAGGCAAUGCCACUGCUGUGGCCGUUGCAGAGGCAAGUGCCGAGGCUCAGCUGUCGGCACAGGGCAGCGCGGGUGCCACUGGUGUGGCCAACGCGCGGGCAGUGGCAGAGGUGGUUGCCAAGGCGAUUGCCGAGGCCACUGCUGAUGCGCUGGGACCCAAUGUUUCGGCAGAUUCUCUUGCCAGAGCCGAAGUCAACGAGACCCAGCUCGUGGCGGCUAUAGCGGAAGCUCAGGCGACCGCAGAGACAACUGGGGGAACUGCAGAAGCCUUUUCCACUACCGUCUCCGAGGCCGUCGCGGAGGUCGUGGCGGAGGCCGUCGCGUUCGCGCUGGCGGAAGUCGAGAGGGGCUUGGCCCAGACCCAGACCACCGCGGACGUCUCCACCGAGUUGGGCGAAGUCGAGACGCUCGUCGACGCAACCAACGAGGCAAGCGUGACCGGCGUGGGAGCGUCGGAUGCCGCGGGAGGCGGCGAGGCCGGGCCCCAGGGAACGCCGCAGCAGAUCCAGGAGCCCGAGAAGACGGCUCAGCCGGUGGCGGCGGCUCCCGCAGCCCCACAGGGGAACUCGUUCUCGGACAUGUUCGACAUGGUGGGCAACUUUUUCAGGCGGCUGUUCGGUUAG